CCGUCAGCUGCUCCGGAGUCAGCAGGUGAAGAUGUUUCGUCGCCUGUCGCUCCGGUCCGGAGCUCCGCUCUGUGUUUCUGCUCGACUCGGCCUCCAUAAGCUGGCCUCGGUCAAGCAGGUGACCUCACUCCAUCCGAAGCAGAUGCAGAGCAUCCUGUACCCCUUCAGCGGGGUGGAGUCUUUCCUGCACAGCUCGGUGGACCGGACCCCCUUUAAUCUGUUCCAGCCCAGCCUGGAGGACCUGUUGGAAGCAGAGAAGCUGUUCUGCUCAUCUCCGUCUCAUAAGAUCGAUUACUUCAUCUCUGCGAAGAGGAUGGACCACGCCCC